GUAAUCAUGCUUUCUUGUACAUUGCAGAAUGUGAGUCUUGACCAAUUGUUGAAGUGGGAUUUGCUCAACUGAAGACACAGCAUCAUGUCCAAAUCACUCUGAAUUUCAUGUGGUUGAAUUCUGGAUUCCUUGAAAGUUGAACUACUAUGCAUUCUCAGCUUGGUCGAGUAUUUUGGAAAGGUGUCCAUGUCAUUCACAGGACAACUAUCUCCCAGACCUUUGCACACCAGCAGAGGGGACACAUAUGUCUUCCCCAGCUCAUUCCACUGAGCAGGAACUUGUGUAGCAACUCUAAAAAAGUGCAUGCAACACUACUUUAUAAGUAUCCUGCCUGGAGGGAAUACUCAUGUCCUCGUACUAUGCUGCUCUCUUGUGAACACAUGAAACCAAGUGUCACAACAUUAGCAAUGCGGACAAUGACCGACUCUGCUGAAAGCAAAGAAAAGCAGGACAAAGCCAAUGCAUCUCUCAGGGCCAUGAAGUAUUCUUUCAUUGUAUUGAGUGUCCUAGGAGCUGGUGUAUCAGGCUUUUUGCUAGUCACAUGGGGUGCUCCUCACAAGGAUGAGGAUGGAAAUGAUAUAGAAGAUGAAUUCUCUCACUUGCCGACCAUUAAGCAAUACCUGAAGCGCACAUGGAGAGAGGUGAAAGUUUACAAUAAGAUGAUCCAAGAGCCUUCCAGGGAGAAGUUACUUCCUGAACCUCUUAAGGAGCCCUACAUUCAGCCUCCAUAUACUCUGGUGCUUGAAAUGACUGGUGUACUUGUCCAUCCUGACUGGACGUACCAGACUGGUUGGAGAUUUAAGAAGAGACCAGGUGUUGACUUUUUCUUGCAACAGGUGGGCCCACCACUCUUUGAAGUGGUCAUUUAUACCUCUGAGCAGGGAUUUACAGCUUUCCCUAUUCUUGAUGCUUUGGAUCCCAAUGGAUUCAUUAUGUAUCGUCUGUUUCGAGAUGCCACUCGAUACUUAAAUGGACAUCAUGUCAAAGACCUCAACUGCCUCAAUAGAGACCUCUCAAAGGUGAUCCUGGUGGACUGGAAUGAGAAUUCUUUUAGCCUGAAUCCCCGAAAUGCCUUACAUGUUAGGAAAUGGACUGGGAAUGAUGAUGACCGAACCCUUAUUGACCUUGCCAUCAUGUUGAAGACUAUUGGUAUAUCUGGUGUGAAUGACGUGAGAGAGGUGCUGGACUACUACCGUCAGUUUGAUGAUCCACUGGAAGCAUUUCGAGAGAACCAGAGACGACUGCAAGAACAGGAAGCAAUGCAAGAACAAGAACUGAAGGAGAAUUUGAAAAGACCCAAUCUUGCUAGUGGCUGGAAUAAGGGACUCUUCGGGGGUCUGAAGAGGUGAGGCAUGCAUGUGUUUCAAGAUACUUCCUGUGGAAGAGAGCAGCCUCAUGCCUCUCAUUUUCCUUUAUCCUUGAGCCAUGUUCCUUGUCCUUGGCAAAUAAAUAGGAAUAUUGUGAUA